GUCUUCCCCUUCCCUUUUCUCUCUACUUGUAUGUAUCCCCCCCGCCCGCCAAGCCGCGGCCGCAGCGCAGCAGAAACGCAAACCGGCCACCCCACCCCCACUCGCCGCCCCAUCUUCGCUCCGAUCCAUCCACGCCGCCGCGACCGGCCCCAGAGCAGCACCUUCUCGCCGCCGAUACCCAAGCCUCUGCCCGCGUGGUUGCGCCUCCGCGGCGGCGCCGGCGCCGUCUGGGAGCGCGGCUCGGGCGUUCGAAAGGCGCCCUCGCGCGCGCUGUUUCGUCUAGAUCCGAUCCAGCAAUAUUUGUUGAGCCGAAGGCAAGGACAGUUUUGAUGGGCCCAUCAAAGGGUUCUCGAACUAUUAACAAGAUCAUAGUAAAAGGAUCUGAAUAUCAACAGCAGCAUGAUGAUCCAUCUAGUUCAAGCAAAGCUAAACAGAAAAGGAGGAAACUCUCAGACUUUGAUCCCAAAUGGAGCAAGGAUGAACUUACAAAUUUUUAUGAAGCCUACCGUCAAUAUGGGAUGGACUGGAGAAAGAUCAGCAUAGCGAUAGGCACUAAGUCAUCGGACAUGGUGCAGUCUCUUUUCACUUUACAUCGGACUUUCUUAUCUCUUCCAGAACAUCAAGCCACUGCCAUGGGAUUUAUUGCGCUGGUGACUGGUCAUCACAAUGCUUCGGAGAAAACCACGACUCAUAGAGGAUAUGAUCACGUAGUCAGAGCAUCUGGAAAGGCAAGGAAACAUGGUGAAAAACCGAAAUCAAUUGAUGGACCUGACCUGCCCAACUGUCAAGAAGCGAAAAUUUCUGGAUUUUCAGAUUUAUUCCAGAGUCGAUACUAUGGCGAAUUGGUCAGGUACAUCCGAAAUCAUGCUGUUCGGAGGCGUACUCCUCGUAUACCAGCUAUAGUUUCUGCAGACAGGAGUACCAUUGAUGAGGCCACACCAGGAAUUGAAAAUGUCAUCAGUUCUACCAAGAGAAAAUAUGAAGCAGCCAAUAACGACUCUGCUAUUGUCCCAACAAAUAAGUACUCUCCUGACAGAGUUUCUGGCUUCGCUGAAGCACACAAGGCUGGUCAAGAUCAUUGUUUGUUGGAGACCAUAGGAACUGGGCAUGUAGCGACAUGUCAACAACAUUCAAAGAAAACAAGAAUUCAGCAAACUAUGGAGGAAGGUCAGACUGGUGUAGUUGAUCAUGAGACAACGAUGGCAUCUAAAGAAGGGAAUAAGCCAGUUGAUUUAUUAAACAACAAUCAGUUAUUUAUCGACAAUAUUUCUGAAGAUGAUAUGUUGGUCUUGGAUGUAUUGUGUAGCCUGAUGAAUGCACCCUCUAAAAUGCCAAAACUAGAGAUUAAUAUUCCUUCAGGUUCGGUUGGAAAAACUGACUCUACGCUAUCUCAGAGAAGGGAGGAAGGCCACCCUACCAUUGAUUUAUCUAAACAAGGGAAGCCAGUUGGUAAAUCCAGUGCUUCCAAGACUAGGAAGAAAAAAUAUAAGAUAUUAGACGCAGAGGUGCCUGCUGUAGCACAAAACGUUUGUGGUAAUAGUUUAGCCCUGCCGGAAACACUGAGGGUUGUUAUCACUGAUGAUUCUUCCUUGUGUACUGACUCUGGAAGAGUGGGGAUACCGGAAGCAUCUGAAGAUAUUCCUGCUGAAGUUCCCAGUGCACAAACAGAAACCAAGCCUGAAGUGAGAAUGUCUGGAAGGACCAGACGGAAAUCUCAAAUGCAUUGCAAAACAAAGCAUAUGUCAUGCAAUGAAGGUUCAGAUAAUUUACAGGCAAAAAAAUUGCUGCACUGUUUGUCAUCCGAACCACUUCGUAGAUGGUGCACAUAUGAGUGGUUCUACAGCGCAGUUGAUUAUCCAUGGUUUUCAAGUAAUGAGUUUGUGCACUACUUAGAUCAUGCAAAAUUGAGUCAUCUUUCAAGGUUGACUAUACCAGAAUGGGGUACAAUUCGAAGCUCCCUUGGUAUUCCACGUCGAUUUUCAAAUUAUUUUCUGGCCGUGGAAAAAGAAAAUCUUGAGGAUUAUCGGGAGAAAGUUAGAAAAAUCUAUGCUCAACUCAGUGAUGGUUCAAGGGAUUUUCUACCUGCAGACCUAGCUAGACCAUUUUCAAUUGGUCAGCAAGUUAUUGUUCGUCAUCCAAAUUCUAGGGAACUUUGUGAUGGCAAAGUGGUGAUGAUGGGUCCGGAUUGUUACAAGGUUCAUUUUGAUGAUCCUGACAUUGGUGUUGAUAUUGUAAAGGACACUGAUUGUAUGCCAGUCAACUGGCUGUAUAACCGUCCUGACAACAUGAGGAGCUGCCUUUCAAAUGAUGCGUACAGCAUACUGGAGAUGGAUCACAUUCCUGACCUUACAGCAAGUGAGAAUGAGGAUCAUGCUGUAAACGGAUCUACUGUACUUGAGGGGCUCAAAAGUCUGCGCUUAACAUCAGAUAGACAACCUAAGGCAGAAUCUAUUGUAAACAGUGAAAGACCACCAUAUAGGAGUACAUCUGACAGCCCUGCAAAAUCUAGAGAUUGCCCAGACAAUAAUAGUGCUGGCCACUACGAUGAGCUAGAGUCAUAUAUAGCCGCAUUUGCAGAAAGAUCACUAUCACAAGCCAGGCAGAUGGUUGACAAAGCCAUGCAGGCGAACCCUGGAGGUAAUGAGGAUGAAAAGGUAUGCACGUCAAAUCAAGUGGCAGGUUGUGCAGGCCCAGGUUUUGAACCUGCCCGUGGCGCCCAACUUCCUUCUGACCUGAUAUCGAACGGCAUCGCCACGGUUCUUUCAAUCAAGAGCCUUAGCGACUCGCGACAUCCGUUUGCUAACGUAGCAGGCGUCUUGGAUCACGCUUGCUCCAUGCUGCGUCCAAGCUGUCCGCAGAACCUCGCUUUGUACGAUCAAAUAAAGAGAGACAUCGGUAUCAUAAAGACCCAGAUAUUUGCACUUAUGCCAACAGCAUUGGGCAAUUGCAGCCCUCCUGUCCCGCCCAUGUAACUGGGCCCUGAGCAAGAUACUUCCGCUGCCUUCAUGCAGGCCCUGCAGUAGUACACGCUUCUUCCUUUGCUGUGAGUACAAAACGCAGCGAACUUGAUGUUAUGGAGGAAGUCCUAUGUAUAUACCUCGAUGGCUUAAUAGUUUAUAGGUAUACACAUAUUCAGGAUAGUUGACAUAUGAUUUUGGAGUGAAUAAAGUUAUGUCUGUAGUCAUUUAGGAUGUAGUGAAUAAAGAUGUAUGCCUGCAGUAAGUGGCGGACCCAGAAAUUGGCCAAGGCCUGGGUCGAAGCGACCAAAAACUCUAAUAGUAGUAUAUAAAAAAAAUUGUACGGCGAAACAACGUUGUCAUGGAUAUUAAAGAUGACAUACAAGUUAUGAUGUAGCUACUUCUAAAUGUAUCA